GGGGAUCUGUGGAUGACACUGUUAUGGGGGAUCUGUGGGUGACACAGUUAUGGGGGGAUCUGUGGAUGACACACGUAUAGCAUCUUAUGCUAGUCCCCUCAUGGCCCCAUGUGUUACAGUAUUACGUUAUUAAUGUGUCCCCUCAUGUCCCUGUGUGAAUAGUGACCCUAUUACACCGGGCCCUGCUCACAGCAGUCUUUACAUGUAAAGUCUGUUUAUUUAAUGCUCAAGCAGUGGCUCUGGUUUGUUAAACUAGCGUAAUCUUCUGUAGUAGUAUUCACUAUCAAAGCAGAGGUCAGGCCGGCAGCGUAACGUCAAUCACUCAGUCAUGCUCCUGCUCCGCCAGCUUUGUAAAUGAAGUGGGCCCGCCGCUUUGAUAUCGAGUACUACUACAGACGAUUACACUAGUUUAACAAACCAGAGCCACUGCUUGAGCAUUAAAUAAACAGUUACAUGUAAAGACUGCUGUGAACGGGGCCUGGUGUAAUGGAGUACAGCGACUGCACCGGGCCCCGCCGCGAGUGCAACAGCAGUUGCCGGCCAACAGCCCCUCCUCCCACCCCGCGCGAUAGAGGUUUACUGUAACUGAUACAUCGCAGGCCGCGCUGUGCAGCAUAGCGGAGGGCGAUGUAUCAGUGUCAGACAUUUAAAAAUUGCACCAUUCGCUUUAUAAGACUCACUGCCAUUUCCCCCCCACUUUUGGGGGGAAAAAGUGUAUCUUAUAAAGCGAAAAAUAAGGUACAUACUGUAUACCACAUGAUCAGAUUUUUUAAGCUAUAUCUAAGACCAGAGCAUAGGACUGUAGACUUUGCCCUUGGAGAAUGUGGAAACCCUGUGGAGAGGAGGAAGAAUGUGUAUAAUUGUGAGCAAACAGCAUUUCACCCCCUCCCUCUCCUUUCCAUUUAAUGUAAAGGACAUUGUAUCUAUAGCAGCUUCAGUGACAUGGCUGUGCUAAACUCCACAACAGUUAGCUUGGUGGGCUUUGCCACCAUCAUCAUAGUCCUUUUUUAUGCAAAAAUAAUAUGGAGACGAAGGAAGCUGCCACCUGGACCAUUUCCAAUUCCCCUUUUGGGGAACGUUCUGCAACUUAGGUCUGAAGGACUAUUGCCAAGCUUAAUAAAGAUGGCAGAAAUAUAUGGUCCGGUUUAUACCGUACACUUUGGAUCCAGGCCCACAGUCAUUGUUGUUGGCUAUCAGGCUGUGAGAGAAGUGCUGAUAGACUUUGGAGACAUUUUCCUAGGGCGAGGAACUGUUCCUGUAUUUGAGAGGUUUUACAACAACAGUGGGCUGACACUCCUUAAUGGAGAGCACUGGAGACAAAUGAGACAAUUUUCCCUCCUGACCCUGAAGGACUUUGGAAUGGGUAAAAAGAGCUUGGAAGAACCAAUCCAGGUAGAAGCCCAGCACCUUGUAGAUUACUUCAGAAGCUCUAACAAACAACCCAUAAACCCCAGCACAAACUUAAGUUGUGCAGCUUCCAAUAUCAUUGCUUCUGUACUGGUGGGAAUACGUUAUGAAUACACUGAUCAAAAGUGGAUGAAAAUCCUCCAAGACAUGAGGCAUUCAUUUGAAAUAAUUUCUUCUGUCUGGGGCCAGAUGUAUGACAUGUUUCCAGCGAUCAUGUAUUAUUUACCUGGACCCCAUAGAAAAAUGUUUGAUCUUUUGAAAGAACUAAAAGAAGUUGUGAAGGAGAGUGUAAAAAUUCACGAGGAAACUGUGGAUCCUGCCUGUCCUCGGGAUUACAUUGAUUGCUUCCUCAUCAGGAUGAGACAGGAAAAUGUAGAUUCCAAAAGCUGUUUUUAUAAAGCAAACUUGAUAGCAACAGUAUUUGACAUGUUCCUCGGAGGAGCUGAGACCACCUCAGUAACACUUCAUUUUGGUAUCUUGCAUUUUAUCAAGUAUCCGGAGAUUCAAGAUAAACUACAUGAGGAAAUUGAUCAGAUGAUUGGAAAGACUCGGGAACCAAAGGUAGAGGAUAGAAGCCGGAUGCCAUAUAUGAAUGCUGUAAUCCAUGAGAUCCAGAGGAUAAGCGAUGUCCUCCCCAUGGGUUGUAUCCGCUCCGCUACCACAGAUGUGACCCUUCGUGGAUACAAAAUCCCCAAGGACAUGGACGUUUUGCCAUUGCUGACUACUGUCUUACGAGAUCCGUCACAAUUUGAAACUCCUGGGAAAUUUAACAUACACCACUUUUUGGAUGAAAAUGGAAAGUUUAAGAAAAAUAAUGGAUUUAUGCCAUUCGCAGCAGGGAAGAGAGCAUGUGUCGGUGAAGGUUUGGUCCACAUGCAACUCUUUAUCUUUUUCACUACUAUCCUACAAAAGUUCACCCUGAAGUCAGUUGUAGACCCUAAGGAUCUUGAUGUUUCUCCAACAGAAAGUGGCAUAGAAAAUAUACCACCAUCUCACAAAGUUAUCUUCAUUCCUCGGGACUGAAACAAGUCUUGGCUCCCCUGUAUUAAUUGUCUUAAGACUACUUAUCAUAUUAUCUGUAAUUAUGUGUGAGUGGUCUACUUUAUAUAAUCAUGUGUGACUAGUAAAUAUAUUACAAGAUAGCUGUCAAUGCUCAACAACCUGAAUGCUGUAGAUGGACUGGAGAAUCUGGUGUAGUGGGAGUCCCUAUUACUGGGGUCCAGAUGGCAUUAAACUGCAUUGUUCU